UUACUUAACUGCAUUGCAAGGUAUCGAUUCCCAAAAGAACCGAACUCGGGAAUCGAGUCUUCCUACAGUUCUGCUGUAAAUGUUCGGUACGAAAUUGUGAUGCUCAUGAAUCGAUUCUCAAAAAGCAAUGGAGAAGCAAGCAGAUGAUAAGGUUACAAUACCUGUUACCUCAGCCAUGGUUGGUCGAGGUCUGUCAGAUUUGUGCCCCAACAGUAAGAAGCUCAGUCGUCCUGUUGUCCUGCUUGGUGUCUGUAGAUCAUUUGAUGAGGAAGAAGAACGAAACGAAGAUGAAGAGCAAAUCCCAAAUUCUUCAGAUUUGAAUGUAGAGGAGAAGAGUGUUACUGCAGAGCUUGUGCACUCCAAUAAAUGCCUGAAGAGGUUAUACACCGACUUGCAGAAAUCUCUUGAGAUUUCCGAGGACAGCAACACAUUCCUCAGAGCGGAGAAUGACGACUUAAAGAACCAGAUCAAAAGUAUAAAGCAGUCAAUUCAGGAUGGUGAGAGCCUCAUCAACGAACUAGAGGAUCUCCGAGCCGAAAAAGCCAAGAAAGAGCAGAUCUGUAGUGAAGUCGAAGCCGGAUUCAAGGAACUUGAGAAGGAAAACAAAAAGCUGAAAGAUCAGAUAGAAGCAUUUGCCAGUGAGGUGUCGAGUACGCGGUUCGAAAGAGAAAGGCACGAGAGGGAUAAUGCAGAGCUGAGCUAUCUCCUGAGAGCAUUACAGGAACAAGUGGAGGAGUACCAGCUCUGUCUUGACCAAAAAGAUGAACUAAUUCAUGAGAAAGAUUUUGUGAUCGAACAACUAAAAGAUUCUGUAUCAGAGUAUAUUACCAUUAACCAGGACAUGAAAGAGAAGCUGAAAGACCUGGAAGGCCAGUUGGCUUUGGCCUUAGUUACUAAUGAAGGAAGCUUCAUGAACGUUGAUUACAUGCAGCCACUUGCUCCUCAGCACUCCGUCUCCAUCGGGGAAGAGCUAGGAAUUCUGCCUCAGAGCCAGAUGGAAUUCUCUAUUGAAGAAGAAAAAGGGGAGGACAGCGAUGAUGUGAAUCUGACUGAGCAAAUAAUGGAAAAUGAGGAAAGUGAGGAGGUCAAAAUAUCAGAAGUGAAAGACAUUAAAGCAGCAGAGCCUUUAAAGGAAGAGCAUGCUCCUAAAAGAUGGCUGACAAACUGUAAUGAUGGAAGAACCUGUGCUGCUGGGUUGCUGUGUGUUGGCGUCCUGGUUUAUCUGGGUUUGCUAAGAGUUAUGAUGCCGGCCUUCUAUGACAAUGCAGGUCUGAGCUGUGCCGAUGUCAUUUGGUACACAGCCCGACGUCUGAUCGAGCCGUACUGCUCCAUUCAUUACGUAGGCCUACCGCCUGUAUAACCGUCUGUUAGUACUGUUCAAUACUGGCAAAUACUUCUGUUUUAAACAGUGAUUAUAUAUAGUUACAGUCUAUACAUGUGUUCUAUAUAACAGUGUAUAAAUAACUACAGUAUAUAUAUAACAUACUGUAACAUACUCUCAUACUCUUCUUACUAUGUUAUAUAUUCUUUUAAACUAUAGCCAUGAAAAUAUAUAAUAAAUGUAGCCUACAUGUGACGAAUUACAGAAGGUUAAAUGCAAGUGCUGUUCAUCAGUUGUGUAUUGACAUGAGGAUUCAUUUGUUAUUGCAAAUUGGGCACAGAACAUACACUGACCACCCCUCCUAAUUGUUGAGCUUAGGUGUAUCAGCCACACCCAUUGCUAACGCGUGUAUAAAAGAAGUUGAACGCUUGUAACUUUGUGGCAGCUCAGGUCCAACAGGACCGAGCCCCUGUGCACAUCAAGUUCAGCAUGAAUGAAUUCCACACUGUGUACACAGCCAUAAUCACAUCCCUAUUAAACAUGUUUGGGAUGAAUAGGAAUGUAAACUGUAAACUCACUAACACUUUAUUGAAUUAACAGGCACAAAUGGCCACAGACACGUUCCAAAAUCUUAUGAAAAACCAUCCCAGAAAAUUGAGGGCUGUUGUAAUUUUACAGGGGGCUUGAUUUUUAAUGUCCACAAUCUUUGAAUGGAAUUUUAAAAAACUAAUGCUUUAAUUAAUUAGCAUUUUCAGUAUCUUAAAUGACUGCAUGUUACAGUAUUGUAGUUCUUGUUUGUUUGGGUAUUAAAAAUCUUUUUGAAUGUUUGAAA